GGGGCAGUUACAGGGCAGCAAAGACGCUCCCAUUUUCUGGGAGGGACUCGAGGUGCUAUGCCACGUCCCUUUACUGCGAGUUGGUGUCUUCUGAGGAGAGCUGCGAUUGGAUUGGUUGCAGGCGCUUGGUGGGUGCGGUCAGCGGGCGCAGAGUGAGUGGCAGUUGCCGUGAAGCGCCGGGCGAUGUGUUGCUGCUGGGGCUGAUACUGAGAGCGGCGGAGGAGACAUGGAGGACGUAAACUCCAACGUGAGCGCUGACCAGGAGGUGCGGAAGCUGCAGGAGCUCGUGAAAAAGCUUGAGAAGCAAAACGAACAGCUCCGGUUACGUUCUAGCCACUCCCCGAGCUCUCCCCGGACACCCACCCCUGUCAUCCACCCUCCCCGGGCACAGGCCGCUCCGACAGCCGCUUCUUUGCAACUUUUCGGCGGCUUGAGCCCGGGGCCUGUCCUUUACGAGAGAGACGGAGGGACAGGGGACGGGGCGGCAUGGGAGGAAACCAUAGAGGAGAGGAGGAAGGACGGGGAGAGCGGCCUCAUGCUGGAGCAGCUACUGCCACUUCGGCCGGACGAGCUGGAGAGACUGGUGGACUUUGAAGAGGAGGAGAGCUGGUUGUAUACAUCGCCAAAGAAAAAGUUAACACCUUUUCAAAAAUCGAUGAGUCCACUGGUUUGGUGCCGUCAAGUUUUUGACUGUCCUAGUCCCGAUGUGGAAUGCGCAAAAAAGUCAAUUAACCAUAAGCUUGAACAAACCAUGUCUGCCAACAAGCGUCCGAGUAUGUACAGCAGUCCCUAUAACACAAACAGCUAUGCUGGUUCUUACAGUCCAAAUGCAACUGGGAGCCCAUACAGUAGUGGAUUCAAUUCCCCAUCCUCCACCCUUGUGAGACCUCCAAUAGUAAGGCAACUGGUACUGCCUAGUAGCACAGGACACUAUAAAUAUUCUGCUGAUAGAAACUUGCCUCCUGUGAGUCCUCAGGAAUCCACAGAGAGUGAGCUCAGCACUUCUGAGAUGGACGAUGAUUCUGUGGGAUCAGGUUAUAAGCUAAAUGAUGUCACAGACGUCCAGAUUUUAGCGAGGAUGCAAGAAGAGAGUCUCCGGCAAGAGUAUGCAGCCACUGCAUCACGUCGUAGUUCUGGCUCAUCGUGUAACUCUAUGAGAAGAGGGACCUUUAGUGACCAGGAACUUGAUGCUCAUAGUUUGGAAGAUGAAGAAGAAGGGGUUCCACAGCCAAUGCACCUUUCUGUCAACAGAUUCUCUCCUUCUCCACGUCACUCACCUCGCCCUUCCCCUAGGCAUUCGCCGAGAAAUUCUCCCCGCUCAAGAUCCCCUGCGCGAAGCCUGGAAUACAGGGGAGUCUCUCCACAGCCUAUGAUAAGCCGUUUGCAGCAACCUCGACAUUCACUUCAGGGCCAUUCAUCUGAACUGCAAACUAACGUAGUAAAAACUGAAGAUAAACUGAGGCGCAGUCUUCCUAACCUCUCCCGAGCAUCAGGGAUUCAGACGGUGGAGCCUGUGAAAAACAGCAGAAGUUUUGAAUCAAAUCUACAGGUGCCAAAUGGAGGAGCAUCCCAUGCACCAAGCUCUUCCACUUCAUCAAAAAGACAAAUACACAUACCACGCGCAGCUCAGAAAGCAAAACAGGUUGUUCCCCCUGCAGCCCUUAAUAAAGUUCCAUCGCCAUGCAAAUUCCGCUCUCCCACAUCUCUGUUAACAUUACGACAACCAAUGAAAGCGCUAACCAAUCAUGGCUCCCAGAUCACACAAGAAGCUGCCACUGUUAUGCAAAACAACUCUUCUUUACCUCUCACUAGUCAGCCUUCUGGCUCUGCUAGCCCAGUAAGAACUGGCUCUGCAAUAAGAAGUGGCUUACCCAGACCAAGCACACCCUCAGGGGGAAAUAUACCAGUGCCUCGCAGCAAACUUGCACAGCCGGUGCGGAGAUCUUUACCAGCUCCCAAAUCCUAUGGCAACAUGAAAGAUGACAGUUGGAAGGAAGGCUGCUACUAAACAGCAAAAUCCCUGUGUUUUGUUGUUGAAUGAACUCAAUGCCAAGAUAGCAGCCGAUGGGACAGUUGGGGAUUUUUCAAAGUCAUCCAGGGCCCUCUGUCCAUAAAUUAGCACAAAGGGCAGAGAAAAGGAGCACUUUAUUGACAUUUACCAUCACUCGUGUUUUAGCCAUGCAAUCACUUCACAAGGAGGAAAUCCCUUCCCUUUUAUUUAUUUUUAUUCUGUGUUUUAGUUCUCCUGGCUUUACUGCACACCUUGACUUAUUUAGUAAGGAAAGCAGUCUUUUUGCUACUUUAAUGCCAAAGAACAAUGUCCUAGAAAUAUACUUGUUUUAUUUUUUUACAAGACGUUCAUUUACAAUUAUUAUUGCUAAAACUUGGCUGCAGUAUGUGCAGCGCUACAAUCACUGACACGUCAUCGUUUUGCAACGCGUCAGAAUUACAAAUCAAAUGUUUGGUUUAGUUUGGAACCAAGUCUUGGAUAUUUUAUAACUGGGCUCCUGCCUGCUAUUACUGCUUCAGUGUAUUUUGAUUGAGUUUUCUUUGCUUAUUGCAAUUUUGCGUAUCAAGUAACAAAAGUUA